AUGGAACCUAGCAGACAUUCACAGUGAAAGAAACCAGACCCAAUACCUGUGAUAAAACGCCCCACUCCUUAUAUAAAUUUAAAAAAUAAUGAAAAAUUCUUAAAGAAGAAAGAAAUAGAGAGAAAGUACUCAAAAAUUGGUCUGCAUAGACGCUCGACUACAUCAAGAAAGUUAUCUUCAAUAUGAAAAGAUCUAGAAAAAGAAAAUGCGCGAAUUAAGGCAAAUCUAAAUGAACUCUCUGAUCCAGAUAAAGCCGCCGAUCUCUCCACUCAAACAGGAACUAAAAAGUCCCAGAAGCAGGAUGAAGAGAACAAAAUAAACAAGGAAACAGAUGAGAAAGAUGAUGAAAUUGAAAAUUUGAAAUCUCAACUUCAGUCUCAAAUCCAGAUAAAUAAAGAUACCAAGACAUUUUUAACAAAAGAGACUCAGAAAUAUCAACAUUUAGUCAGACGAUUGAAUGAUUAUGUCGAGUCAAAUAAAGAUCAGUUUGAUGAUGACUCUCAUAUUAUUCAAAGUACCUCAGACGAUCUUGAACUGAUCUUGAGGAGUGGUAAAAAUGAUGAUUUUUCGAGUACCUUUGAAAGUAAAUCUCACAGAAAUCAUAAAAGAAGUCAUUCAGAUAUUGUAAUAGAUGAUUCACCAGAAAAAGAAGAAGAUCAUGGGUCUAAUUAUGACCACGUUCAAGAAAAAGUUGACGAAAUUAUUAAACUUAAUCAGAUGUUAAAAACACAACUGAAGAUAGAGAAAAAGAGACAAACCUCUUCUGAACGGAGGAUUUCGCAAAUUGAAAAGAUAUCAGAAAGAGAUUUAUCAGAGGAAGAAAAUGGAUCAAAUGAAUCUCCUUAUCCUCAUGAGAGAUCGAACACAUCUUCAGGAAUUAAAAGAAACUCUUUGUUCUUAAACCCUCAGCAAAUUGAUGGAAUGUCCUACGCUACAAAUCUAGACCAGCCUGGAAUGAUUGUGUUUACACCAACUUCAAGCCAAGGCGGUCAGCCUUUCUUUGUUCAGACACUCAACUCUACUCAGAGGAAUCCUCGUGAGCAGUACAAAAAGUUUGCGGGGACUUUCAAUCAUAAUGCAAUUAACAGAGGUAGACAAGGUAGAAAUAUGAAUGUUCACCGUACUUUUAACGAAUGCCCUUCGGAUUACGGCUACUCUGUUCAAGACUCAGAUAUUAGCAUUACUAUGUGGGAAGAAGAUGAUGAAGUUAACUCCUGCAAUAUAUGUAAGUCCACUUUCUGGCUCUUACUCAGAAAACAUCAUUGAAGAGUCUGCGGAAAAAUCUUCUGCAGUGGCUGUAGUCGAUACUCAGUAAUCAUUAACGGACACAAAAGAAGAGCGUGCAAGUUCUGUAAAGAUGACUAUGACGAUUUAAAGAAGAGUAUGCUAUAG